AUGUCAGGAUAUCAGGAGAUACAAGAAGCUACAGCAUCAGAACCCCUUACUCUAGAAGAAGAGUAUCAGAUGCAACAGAGCUGGAGGCAAGAUGCAGACAAGUUGACAUUCAUCACUUGCCAACCCAUACCCUUGACGUCUACUGCUUCCGGUGAGGCAGACGCUUCGGAGUCAUCCCAAGCCGCGAGCUCUUAUAAAAUCAAACCUACGGAUGACGACACUCCUGACCGGAUGAUAGGAGACGUGAAUCUGUUUUUGAAGUUGGAAGAACACGGUAGCAAUGACCAGGAACUGGACAACGCACCAGAAGAAGUGGUCGUGGGCGAGCUAGAACUAAUGAUCGCGGAAAAGCAUCUGCAACGAAGAGGCUUCGGGAGGGCAAGCCUGAUCUGUUUCUUGAAUUAUGUGGUCACUCAUAUGGACCAAGUUCUAUCUGAAUACCAGGGCCAUACUGGAUCUAUGAAAGCAGGAGGACCUGAGAUUAUAGCAGCUAAGAGACUUGAAUAUUUCGUGGUUAGAAUCGCAGCCAGCAACGAGAGAAGUGUGGCUCUCUUCAAGAGCCUUGGUUUUACUGCUGUAUCGGAUGAGCCGAAUGUUUUUGGGGAAUUGGAAUUAAGGAAGUACGGUCUAGAAGACUCAGGGGAACUGCAGGUAUGGAUGAAGCAUUACGGAAUAGAUGCAUAUAGAGAGCUAGCUUAUAGCUGA